AUGAAUUAUAGUAAAGUACAUCCAGCAGAUGCUUGUGUUGUCGCAUAUUGUAAUGACCCACAAAAAACUAAUUCUUGUAUAGGGAAAAGAGAUCCUGAUGCAACAGUUGAUGUUGAUAUAACUCCAAAACCAACAAAUGGGAGAUUUUUCUAUGUAGAUUUAGAUUCGAGAUUUCAACUUAUAAGAUUAUUUCAACAACUAGAUCCUAACCAGAAACACAUUGAAUUACAUGACAUUGUUAUACAUAUGAACAUCACAUCUUAUCAUAAUGAAGAUAGAGACACCACCUUUCGAUUAGAAACAAGUACCACAGAAAAUGUCAUAAUCACCCCUUUAAUUAGUAAUAUGAAAAUAAAGUUUUAUAUAAUCGAAAUUUGUGAUCAAAUUGUAGCUGAACAAAAUCAACCUGGAAUGGGAGAUAUUAUUGUAGAUGGUGAUGUACAAAAUGUUCAAUUCAGAGAAUAUAUUACUCCUCAUUUAGAGUAUAUUGAAGAAAUUUCAUGUAAAGGUUGUGAAUUACAAACACAUCAAAUUGA